AUGACCAGCAGAGGUGCCCCGGCCGGUCGUAGAGUGCUAUUGCCUCCGAUCAACUUUCUUUUCCGCUUGCUCCAACAGCGUACUCCAGUUCAAAUUUGGCUCUACGAACAGCUGGCCAUCCGCAUCACAGGCGUGAUACGCGGCUUCGAUGAAUUCAUGAACCUGGUUAUCGAUGAUGCCGUCGAAAUCAAGCUUUCUCCGAAGACCAACGAGCCCGAGUCCAAACGGCCAUUGGGGCAAAUCCUUCUCAAGGGAGACAACAUUUCCUUGAUCCAGGCCCUGUCUGGGUCAGCAUGA